AGUUUUUAAGAAUCAAUAUGCGAUAGAAUUUCUCUUACCUACUGGUGAACACUAUAAAGAAUAUGAACGAUUUGCAAAAAGAAUUGUUAAUAAUAUGAAUAUCACACCAACUCAGUUAAUUGAGAUGAGCUCUAAUA